CGGUUUGCCAAAACAAUAAUAAACAUUAGACAUCAGUUCACAACGUGCGUCCGUCUUGUACUCGUCCCCUUGCGGCUGUCGUGAUCUUCGUCGUGUAUUUUCAAUUUUUAACCGUCUUUGCACGUUUCGUGUGUUCCGCUUCGCUGUCCGUUGAUCGUCAUCGAUUUCGAGUCAUUGAACAUCUUCACCAAUUGGCGCAUUCGAAUGCUUCAAAACCGUUCGUGUACGUGAACGUUGCAGUCGCCCUGAACAUUUUCACUGUCAUUCAAAAUUACCCAUGGUGUUAUUUUCAAAUGAUCCUUUCCAUCUUAUAAUUUGGAAUGUUCCCUAACGCUGAAGAUAAUGGAGCGUUGCAUUAACAUGACUGAAAAUACUGUUUAACAAUAAGAAAACGAAGUCCUGAAGUAUAAGAAAAUACAAUAUGAAGACAAUUAGGAUUUUAAUGUUUAUUGUUGUUGGUAUGUCUGUCUUCGAGGUUGAGGGGACUACCAGCAGACCAAUAGCGAGUUGUAAAAACUCUAAAGAAAAAGGGUAUUUGGUAGCUAACUGUCACGGUGAUCAAGGACAAAAGCUUGAAUCAAUACCUGGCAACAUUAUGCCGGAAGUUCAGUUGUUGAAGCUACAGGACAACCGUAUUUCCAAGCUGACCAACAAUAGCUUCGUCAUUUACCCGAAAAUUAAAGAGCUGCUGCUGUCGGACAACGUGGUGCACACCAUCGAGUCCAGCGCGCUGACGGUGCUCGACGAGCUGGAGCUGCUGGACCUGUCAGGCAACGCACUGCAGGAAGCGCCGGUCGGGCUGCCUGCGUCGCUGAUACAUUUGAACCUAAACAAGAACCCGGUGAAGCACAUGGAAAGGCUGUCGCGCGCCGUCGGGCUGCAGGUGCUGAAGCUGAGCAACUGCGACCUGGCCCAGUACCCGGCGCUGGGCGUGAUGCCCAAUCUGGUCGAGCUCGACGUGUCCAACAACGAGCUGAUGGACGACCUGGACCCGGCCAAACUGGCCGCCACGUGUCGGCUGACCCGGCUCGACGUGACCGGCUGCACCGCGCUGUUCCAGCUGCCGGAGUCCCGGUGCCGGUGCCUGCGCGUCGUCGAGUGGACGCACACGUACAAGAUCCGCGUGGUGGGCAUGCCACCGUGCCCGGCCGCGGACGACGGCGGCGGGGACGACGCGGACAACUGCACCGCGACCUCGGCCAUGGACGACGAGGCACGGGCCGUUUUCAAGAACUGCAUGGUCGAGUGGGAGCACCGGAACACGCCAUACUGGGCCAUCGGCCUGGGGCUGGUGAUCGCGUUGGUCGUGUUGCUGUCGCUGUGCGUGUGCUUGCGCCGGCGGAACCGACGUCGGCACACGGACAAGGUGCAGAGUGUGCCGGCCCCCGACACCAAAGAAACCAUCGAUCCGACCACGACCGGCAACAACAAAUCCGAGCCUGCCGCGCUCCUGUCAUCCCCAUGACCACCGCGUGCUCCGCUCCGUCCAGUUUGAUCAUUUUUAAUCGUUUUUUCGCCUCCUCCGAACAUGAUGUAUAAUGAAGAAAACAUACUUUUGAUCUACCCCUCUUCCCCGUCACCACCCACCCGCUGAUAUAAUAUUAUAACUAUUAUUAUUAUUAUUAUUAUUAUUAUUAUUAUUAUUAUUAUACGCCUCGUGGGCUGUCCGC